GCAAAUGUACUGCUCUCUUAUUUAAAUACACAAAUAGAACUGUUUUAUUGUCUUUGUGCCUUGAUUCAUAAACCUUAUUGCAUCUAGUUGCAGCAAGUUUAUUAAUUCACUGAAGCCAGUAUAGAUUUUUUUACAGAUUGUAAAUCAGAGCCCUCAGCCACUACAUUUAAGAGUCCAGCGUGGCAACUGAAGAAGGUCUGCAGACUGCAAGUUGGCCAUCCCAGAGUAGGCCUGCACUGUCGCUAGAGGCACUAAAAUAUCAAGGAGGAACAGGAGACAGGGAGCAGCGGGCCUGCAGCGGGAACAGGCAGUAUGAUGGAGUCAGCAAAGGCCCUGCCUGACAGGUGAGAGCCAAAGAGGGGAGACAAGGAACAGAUGACAACUGCUCCCCAGCCCCACUUCAUGCAGCUUCGCUCCCUCCAGCGCCACUCGCCCUGCUGGCAGGGCGGCCAUCUUGCGGCCUGACCUCGACAGCUCUAACUCUAUGGCACUCCCGGCGGGACCGGCUUCAAUCUAGCGGUACUGAGGCGCCUCAAGUCUUCUCUAUGGUACCAGCGCCCCACUGGAUGUGUGUGUACAUACAUGGUGUACACUCUGUCCCGCGGCCCAUCUCUAUGGUUGCGUAUUCUCGCUUCUCUCCUGACGCCGAUUGGCUGAGAGAGCAGUUCUCGCGAGAUCCGCGCGCCAGAGGCCUGGCAGAGGCGGCGGUGGAGUCCGUGUUCGUGCGUUGAAGCCGGUAUCGCAGCGCGCUCGUAAGAGACCAGGAUGAGUUAUGCAGAAAAACCUGAUGAAAUCACAAAAGAUGAAUGGAUGGAAAAACUUAAUAACUUGCAUAUUCAGAGAGCAGACAUGAACCGCCUUAUCAUGAACUACCUUGUUACAGAGGGCUUUAAAGAAGCAGCAGAGAAAUUUCGAAUGGAGUCUGGAAUUGAACCCAGUGUUGAUUUAGAGACACUUGAUGAAAGAAUAAAAAUCAGAGAAAUGAUACUGAAAGGACAGAUUCAAGAAGCCAUUUCAUUAAUAAACAGCCUCCAUCCAGAACUGUUAGAUACAAACAGAUAUCUUUACUUUCAUUUGCAGCAGCAGCAUUUGAUUGAACUGAUUCGGCAGCGUGAGACAGAAGCAGCUCUGGAAUUUGCUCAGACCCAAUUAGCAGAACAAGGCGAGGAGAGCCGGGAAUGCCUGACAGAAAUGGAGCGCACGCUGGCUUUGCUUGCCUUCGAUAAUCCUGAAGAAUCACCAUUUGGAGACUUGCUUAACAUGAUGCAGCGACAGAAGGUAUGGAGUGAGGUUAAUCAAGCUGUUCUAGACUAUGAAAAUCGUGAAUCAACACCCAAGUUGGCAAAAUUACUGAAACUACUACUGUGGGCUCAGAAUGAGCUAGACCAGAAGAAAGUGAAAUACCCCAAAAUGACAGACCUCAGCAAGGGGACAAUUGAAGAACCCAAGUAAAAUGUGUGCAGAUGGACAUCAAACAAUCAUAGUACUGCACAGUAUACAUUUAUAUCAGUCUGUGACUGAAAUAUUUUUACUACAGUACAGCACUCAAUUCAGAUUUUUCAAUGAACAUCUAAUUUGAAGGGAGAAAAGUCCCUUUUGAAUGCUGCAAAAACUGCAUUGAAAGGCGCUGUAUCUCUUUGGAAGUCUGACUUAGGCUAUGCACUAUAAUACAUUUUUAAAGAAAAAAACAAUUAAACAGGACAGGAAAAAUCACGUUUUUAAAAGUACAGAACUCAAGCUUUCUAAUUGGCUACUGAUACUUAGUUGAGUGGUCAGUGAGUUAAUAUGGAGUUACAUUGGCAAUUAUUCAGUUAAGUUUAACUGUCUCCUGUUUGAAAUGUGUAUAUAGAACAGUGAAUAUUUUCUACCUUUAAGUUAUAGCAAGAUAUACAUUCCCCUUAAGAGUAACUGGUCAUGUUUUCAUCUAUAAACUUUGCAGUAAGGUCAACCUUUUGCCUAGGAAAUAGUGUACAAACUUGUAAAUCUUAAUUUAAGAACUUUUUUUUUCCUUGUUUCUGACUUUUUGGUGCUUUAUAUGGUGAGAGCUAUGUUCAUAAUGGAUCAGUGACCCAUCUUUUUUCAUGAGAGUAUUGUUGGAAAUAAGUUUUUUCUUAAUUUUCACAAAUGACCAAAAUGGCCCUCAGAGGCAUUUGAGAGUUUUUCUUAAAGGGGACCUUUCCCCUCCAUAUUGAGUUUGCAGCUGCAGACACUGCAGUGAUUCCAGCAGGCUAGUAGAGCUUGGAGGGCCACUGGAUUUUUGUAAGCUGAAAGACAUACUUGUGUUAGGAAAUAAAGCGGGGGGAGAGAGACUUACGGAAGCCUCUGAUGUAUCUUCUUGUGCAGGAUCUGCCUUUACUCUUGUUGAAUAAGAAUUGUAGUUUUAGAGCUACUUGGGCUGUUUUUAUGCCUUGAGCAGAGCAGAGCAGGGCUGUCUUUCAAGACUGAAAUGUCAGUUCUUUUCGAUUCUUUCCAUACCUUUCUGAAGAGAUGCAGUUCAUCUUCACCUGUAUUACUUUGUUUACUGACUGCCCUCACUCCAGUUAGGAUUCUGGUUUUAAUGUUUUACAUGUAAAGUCCAGACUUUCAAGUCAACAAAUUGUAAUCUUGUGGGUAUGGGAUGUUCAGGUCAACUUAAUUUUGCAGCACUGUUCACUGGUGUAUAUCCAGUGGUAGGAAGCACUAAUCUUGCCAAAUCAAUCUGUAGGUUUUUUAGGUCUGUAUAUCAAGUUAUUAAUGAUUUGUUGAACAAAGACCGAUCUGGUGGGUGAAGUAGCUGAACAUCACGAUGCACUGGCAGUUGUCAUACCAGUCCCAUACUGUACAUAAUCUAGUCUUGUAUGGUAGAUAUUACCCUGUAGAAUGAAACUUAGUUUUCACUUAAUUUUACUGGAAUACUUACGCAUUAAACUGUAUAAAGCUUUGCAGAUACACCUGACUUAUGGAAACUAAAAAAAAAAAAAAAAAAAAAAAAAACCUGUUACUGAUUGCAUUACUGUGAACACUGUUUACUUGUGUAGCUGUUUUUUUGUGAGGGGAAUCCAUUGUUUGUUAAGCAGCUAUUAGAGAUGCAGAGCACUAAGUUUAAGCUAGAUGAUGGGUAUAACAAAAUGAGUUGUUCUCAUUUAUUACUGAUAGUUUUGUUCUGCACUUUUAAGGCAUUUUGUGGCAUGGAGGUCUCGAAGUUUAUACGUAACAAGCAAGCUAUCAGUUGCCCCCAGUUACAGCAGUGGUCUGGCUUUCCUUCUCCCAGACUGGUUAUUUUAACACCAACAUUUUAACAGUUGUGUUCUUUUUCCUUUUUUUUUUUUUUUUCCCCACUCGGUUGAUGUCUAAAAACCAUGUAUAACUUUUAGUUUGUGAGAAACUGUGUGGUUAAUGUCACUUUGUUUAAUAACAAACUGCAGAAACAAAACUGGAAUAGCUCUAAUUUCUUCAUAUGUAACUGAUCAGCUUUUCCUCUGUUCUGAUGCUUACAUACUAAAUCUCAUCUAAAGCUUCUCCCAGAUGAAGUGGAAAGCAGUGCGGUUUUGUUGCAUGACUAGCAUUUUUCUCCAUGAGAAAUGCAGUAUUACAGUCCUGGUUGAGAAGUUUACUGUACUUCUGGAACGCUAUGUUAAUUUCACAUAGUAUUUGAGCAAAGAGUGAGCAUAGAUUACUUGAAUUUUCACUAGCUUGUUUGUUUUUUUUUCCAUUAAAAAAACAUGUUUUUUAAGGGGUUUAAUAUAAAGUUAGUAUAGAACUAUUUCACUUUGUUUUUAUGAACAUGCCACAUUGAUAAGCAGCUUUAAUCUGUAAAGUUUUUUGGUAACUGCAAGAAAAUAUUCGAAAGCUAUGCAUUUUAGAGAAAGCGUAAAGGUAGUCAUAACGGUACUUCUAAGGAUCUUUAUAUUAGUGUAUAUAAAAUAGUUUGCAUAUACAAAUAUAAUAUAUAAUCUGUUUGAAAUAUUCUUGGAUGGUAGGGGCUGUGAAACAUAAUUUAUGGAAAUAUUGUACACAGUAAACAGACCUCUGUCAGUACACGAAUGGACUUUUGUCAUAUGCAUGAGAAAUGUCUUAUUUGGUGACUACUAAUGGAUGGGAUUUUGUUAACCCAUUUUUGUUAGAUAACCACUUUAACAAAUACUAUUAAAUGCCACUUUGAACAGUU